AUGCCAAAAAAUGGGUCGAAUAUUUGUACAACUUCACCUAGUAUCGCUUUAUUGAUAUGCCCAUUUACAUGUGGUCUUUGUAAUAGACCAGGUGUUAGCGGAAUAUGUCCCGAUGAGAGCGAUAAUUGUGCAGCUAUUUUCCGUUUGGAUCCUAUACGGAUUUACGGAUUUCAUAAAGAGAUCUUGCAAAAAGAGGUGUGGACUUAG